GCAAGGUCAGCAUAAAUCGCAGCUCUUAUAAACCUGCCCCUUUCUCCACCCUGAUUGGAAACAGAAUGAGUUUGGAAAGCAAGGAUGCCAUUUUCUCACAGGGUGAGGACUGCAAACCGGACUGGAGGUUAGCGAGCGCCGAGUACAAUGACAGCGACACCCAUUUGCAGAUCCUGGGCAAACCGGUGAUGGAGCGCUGGGAGACCCCAUAUAUGCAUUCACUGGCUAGUGUUGCAGCUUCAAAAGGAGGACGUGUUCUGGAAAUUGGAUUUGGAAUGGCAAUUGCAGCCACCAAGAUAGAGUCUUUAAAUAUUGAAGAGCACUGGAUCAUUGAAUGUAAUGAAGGGGUGUUUAAAAGACUACAGGAAUGGGCUAAAGAGCAACCCCACAAGAUUAUUCCCCUCAAGGGCCUCUGGGAAGAUAUAGUUUCAACAUUACCAGAUUCGCAUUUUGACGGAAUUCUUUAUGAUACCUACCCAUUGUCUGAGGAAACCUGGCAUACACAUCAGUUUUCUUUUAUAAAGGGUCACGCCUGUCGUCUGCUGAAACCUGGUGGCGUUCUUACAUACUGCAACCUCACCUCCUGGGGAGAGCUGCUGAAGGGAAAGUAUAAUGACAUUGAAAAAAUGUUCCAGGAAACUCAAGUGCCUCAUUUGGUGGAGUCCGGCUUCAAGGAGGAGAAUAUUCAGACCAGUGUGAUAGACCUAAUUCCCCCCAGUGAUUGCCGAUAUUACUCUUUUCAUAAGAUGAUCACACCCAAGAUAACUAAACACUAACUGGCAAACUUUUACUAAUACUGUCACAAAGAACCAUUAUAGUCUUAACAUAAAGGAUGCCUUUUAUCAGAUUCAAUGGAUCAAUGUAUCCCAGAUUCUUUGUGACACGAUGAAAAGUGUUGUACACAACUGAUGAUAUCUAUGCAUUACUAUUGAAAGCAAUGUGGUUCAAUUAUUGGUGACAUUUUUUGGAAAGUCAGAGUGUAUUUCUACACUUUUGGAAAUUGUAUUUGCACAAUACUUGUCACAAUUUUAUAAAGGACUUACUCACAACUGCCUUUCAUCCA